GUACAAGUCGCCACAACGUGUUGACACCUUUCCAUCCAUUCUCCAUUAUCUUUCUCUUCUUUUUCUUGCUCAAUUCGUUUUUUCCGAUCAGAUUAUUAAUCUGUGUGCUCUCUCCUUUUUCUUCGUCUUUCUUCUUCAUCUCGGAUUCGCAAUUCGUUUGAGUGCUGGAGACGGGACCUUGAUCUGUUCUCUGCAUAACUUUCUCAUUUGGUUUUCUCUUUCUCAGAAAUGUCUUCUCCCAGCAAGAGGCGAGACAUGGACGUGAUGAAACUAAUGAUGAGCGACUACACUGUGGAGACGAUAAACGACGGCAUCAAUGAGUUCAACGUCGAAUUUCACGGUCCAAAAGAAAGUAAUGUUAUCGAAGCUUUCUCUGUUGCCUCUCUCUAUUGUCCUUACGAAGGUGGAGUUUGGAAAGUCCGUGUUGAACUUCCGGAUGCAUAUCCGUACAAGUCUCCCUCCAUUGGUUUUAUCAACAAGAUAUUCCACCCGAAUGUUGAUGAGCUGUCUGGUUCUGUAUGCCUGGAUGUCAUUAACCAGUCAUGGAGUCCGAUGUUUGAUCUAUUAAACGUGUUUGAAGUUUUCCUCCCUCAACUUCUACUCUAUCCAAAUGCAUCUGACCCGCUGAAUGGUGAUGCCGCAUCACUUAUGAUGAAGGAUAAGGCUCAAUAUGACCAAAAAGUUCGAGAGUAUUGUGAGCGCUACGCAAAAAAGGAACAUGUUGAUAAUAAUGUAACAGAUGAAAGUGAUGAUGAAGCAAGCAAUGGCGAAGCUUAUAGUGACGGUCGGAGUGACAGCGAAGAUGAAGUUGCUGGACGUGCUGAUCCAUAGGCAGCAACAAACCAAUGGUCAUCCAUUUACUUCUUCAUUGUAUUUCAAAUGUUUGUUUACUUGUGUGUAAAAAUUAGAAGCUAUAGAGGACUAGGCAUUGUGAGAUCCGUAUCUUAGUUUUAUUGUUCCCUUCUCUAUAUUAGUGUAGUAAAACAACAAAAGCAUGUAGUAUGCAAAGAACCUGGCCGAUAUUAUUACUGGCCAAUGGUUUGUCGAUUCUAAUUGAAUGGGAAGAAAUGCAUUCGACCUAAAGGUAGAGUCUUACCUCGGAUGGACAUAAGAAUGUAAGUGUGCUUUAUGUUAUUUUGUAUGUUUAGUUUGACCAUAUCAAUAAAAAGAAUGUUGGUAAGUAUUAAA